GAAAAUCCGAUCAGCACCAAUUUUGUCCCUUCUCUGUUUUCCAUGGCCGCGGCCCUCGCUGGCCCUGCCCUCGCAAGCAUCGCCUACACCCGGCAAUUAUGGCACAACCGAAAUCAAUGCGACUGCCUGUGGUGAGUACCAUUGCAGUGAACGGCGACCCCGGACCUAUACACAGUAGUGUCUCCAAGAUGAACGCCGGCAGAGAUUCACUUCUUAGGCAGGAGUGGCAGGUCACGGCAGGUGCAACACGCCGAGCACACCCAUGACACCCAUGUCAAGCGAAAACCUGUCACCCCAGGCGUCCGUGGGCAGGCUCACUACUCGUAGGCCUCUGCGCUGCCUGAAAAGCCCGCAAGAAAGCCGCGGCCAGCUUAACACACGAGUAUUACGGGCUACUACGUACAGGUAUCGCCGAGCGAACCCUAAAAAAGACCCCUUCACCCAUUCUGGGUGCCCAUCACCGCUGGUGCGCCAUGAUCACAUCCUUGUCACUCGUCGACGUCAUCGCUUCGCUGACCCUCUCUUUUUCGCUUCCUGCAGCCAGGGUCCUGGUUCCGGCCGAAUGCACUCAACAAACCUGGACUUUCAACGCAACCUGACAACACUACCACUGCCUCUUUUCUGCAACCCGGUAACGCUGCAUCAAUAUCGAAAUUUGCACCUCCAAGGAUCAAAAGGAGAAACCCCCAUCCAAUAUCAGGUCCGUUCCGCUCCCACCACCCAAUCCCCCCGUCUCGGUCUCUGCUUUCCAAUCGACAGACCAUCAUUCCACCGACUUCCAAUCUUGUCUGUCGUCAGCCCCCGUCGUGCUCCGGCUAUUCAAAUACCUCUUCUCUAUAUUCCUACAUUUGCCACCUGCUCAUUUCUGACUGUCCUUCUCCGCUACAGCCCACUUACACUCGUCCGAGUUACCUCCACGUCCUCCAUUACCAAGACAUAACAAACAACGCAUCCUACCAUAUCUGAGGUUCAUACAAGAGUACCUUCUCUUCGCCACUCCCGCUCGAGCCUCACACAUACUACAUUAUCUUGAUGAACAAGCAGUCGGCGAAACAGCCAAGUAGCCCCAGCGUUCGCAUCCAACAUUCGAGCCCGACACCUACCCCGACUCCUGCAACACAACCACCCAUGCUUGCUCAGAGUCCGUUGGUAGGUGGGUGGAACGACGGAUAUCAUACAGGCGGGUAUCUCAGUGCGCUGCCCAAGAACUUUCAGAAAUUUCACAAGAGGGAUUCGUCCGGGUCAUCGGUCGCAUCUCUCGGGCCUCCUUCGCCUCUCACCCACAACAACAUAUAUCCUCACAUUGUCGCCACCACCGACUCGAACUUUCCCUCCUCUUACGACUUCGACUACUCUCAAACUCCACAUACGGCCAAAUCAGAUUCGGCCAUGAUGUACCCCCAGAAUUUUGGCGCAGUUGACAUGAGGAGGAUACAAUCACAAGGCGCCGACGAGCGUGCGUCAUACAACUUGUCCGCGCCUCAGUCAGUGUCGACAAUGAGUCACAAUUCUCCCGCGACGCCGCAUACAAAUUAUGAGCCAGAGUACGAUGAGAAGCAUGUCUAUGGUGAGCAUGCCCUGGAGGAAGAAGACACCAUGUUCGAAUACUUACAGUUUCAAGCAGCAUACCCCACGGCCGCAUACCAGCAAUCCUUGCAAGAUGUCUUCCCAGACCAGCACUUUGCCAUGGCAUAUCCUCAAGCCCAGCAGAACAUGCAGAGGAUGAACCUCUCGUCGCACCGACAGAACAUGAUGGCCGAUAGACUACAGGCCGCGACACAAGAUCACCUGAGGACGAAUUCACCUACAUCCGAUCCCCGCGAUAAGUCACCGUUCCGACAGAAUUCGCCUUACAGCAUGCCUGCGCCAGCACAGCGACCACGACAGCCACCUGUCCUCCAGAAGGAGCGGACAUCGAUAUCUCCCAAGGAUCUGAUGUUGGACGAGCAUGACGUUGAUGAUCACGCGACACCUCUGUUUGCGCCGGACCAGUCAAAUGCUAUGUUCGGGAACCGUAGAACAUCGUCGAACCUGGCGAGUUUCUACACCCCCGUGAUGACAAACGAGUCUUCCAUGCAAAUUCCUCAACAGUAUCCAUUCGUCAGCCAGUCAGGACAACAAAGCACGGGUUUGCAAGACGUUACGCCGGAGUUCCCAGCACAUAUGCUCUCCAUGGAGUCGACGAAUGAGGAGGGACCAUCUGAGCCCUCGAGCCAACAGUCGCAAAGGAUCAGAGUGCAGGCGCAGCCACGGCCUGCGCCUCAGCAACAGCCAGUACAGCGGCCGGAGGACACGUCCUCCGACUCUGGGACUUACUCAUGCACUUACCAUGGUUGUCAUUUACGGUUCGAUACACCGGCCAAACUUCAGAAGCACAAAAGAGAUGGUCACAGGCAGACAUCACCAGCUGCAUCAGCAUCGCCUAAUCUAGCAUUGCGGAACUCUCAGGCUGGCCCGCACCGGUGCGAUCGCAUCAACCCCAGCACCGGCAAGCCCUGCAACUCGGUUUUCUCUCGACCUUAUGAUCUGACCCGACACGAGGAUACAAUCCACAAUGCCCGGAAGCAAAAGGUCCGAUGUCAUCUGUGUACGGAAGAGAAGACAUUCUCACGUAACGAUGCGCUCACGAGGCACAUGCGUGUUGUACAUCCAGACGUUGACUGGGUGGGCAAGCAAAAGCGCAAGGGCCAGAAGUGAUGAAAUCAAUUGGAUACAACCUUCUCCAAUUCUGACGUCGGGGCCCAGCGGCCUCGGAUUAUUCUGUACGACUAAUUUUGUUUUUCUUCGCGAGGCGGUUUUUCUUGCCUGUUGCACACGGCUUACCUCAGCACUGAUGAUGAUGAAAUGAAUGGCGAACAAUGACAUGUUUGAGGAAUUCCAUUCGAGGAACCUCCAUGGUGGAGCAUUGGAAUGGCACGGCAUGGCGCAAGAGAAUUUAGAAUGGACAUUUUAUUACAGCAAAUUGCGGUUGAUGUUUCGGUUUCUUUCUAGGCAGGCACAGGGGGAAAAAGGAUGACACUCACAACGAUCACCAUAUCGAUGAUAGACUGUAUCACUACUGGCAUUGGCAAUUGGGUUUCAGCAUGGCAGUCGAUUGGGAGAGCGCAAAUCGAGGAUGAUGCUGCAGAUUUUUGUGGUCGGACAUGGUACAUAUUGGUUUCAAUUGUGAAUACAGAUGGUAUUGAUUUUCCCAUUGUCGAUACAAUGAUGAUUUUCUCGUGAUCUUGUGUCCUUUGCAUGAUUAUCAUACAACGCCACAGCACGAUGCUUCGAUCGAGGGUGGGAUGGCCGGAGUGGAGCGGAUUGUCGGUUUACCGGGAUUGCUGGACUUGUUGUAGCUCGGGCCUGAUUGCAUGGAUGAAAUGAAUGAAGUAACACAACAUGCUUGUAGUUGGAGCAGAACAGCGCCAGGACGUCAACUUCGGGAUUCGGCAGGGCAUGACUGGAGCCGUGGAUGGGAAGCCAGACUUGGAUCUUUGAUCUGUGUGAUUAAGUGGAGGGGACGUCGAGUGUUGACGAUACGACGACGUUUUUGUUUGCAUCAUACUACUUACCUAUGUGGGAAUUAGUGUUCUCGGUCUUCGUCACGAUCUGCAUUUUUCGUCUGCGAUCUUCUUUUUUCCUUUCUCGAUAGGCAUUGGUCGGACCCCUACUCUCGAAUCGAACGCGGGGGUAUCGGGCUGGCGUGGGUGGUGCAGUCAUAGGUUGGAACGGAUGCACCGCAUACACAGUACACAGUAAACUGUCGAAGUAAAUGCUAUUAUACCAGGCAAAUUUUGGUCGCUGAGAGUACUUGCGAAUACUGGUACUACUGAGAUCGUGUCCGGGCAAUGUAUUUUGGAUGUUGGUGUUGGUGUUGGCGUUGGCGUUGGAGUUGGGGUCAGUCAGCCUCGGGGGCCGCAUCUAAAGGACCGCCACGGACGGCGUACUUUGUGGGGGCGAGUAUUGUAUACAGCAUCAUGAUCCUACCGGUACUGGAAUUCUUCUGACAUGACAUGACAUAGCGAGUGAUGUGAGGUGUGGUAACGUUUUCCGGAGUGUUGAAU